CUCUGCUGCCAGGGAACAUUUCUGGAACCUAGAGCUACAUUGUUCCUGUGGUGGAACUUGUACUGGGUGUUCUUCCCAGUUGCUCUGCAAGCAUGCAGCUGAUACAAGCUGUAGCAUUCUGUGGGCAGUGUUUCCAUACCACCACCUCGGUGGUCACUGUCAUGAGAAGAGUCCAGAAGGUAGUCAUGACAAGGAGAAAUACUUUGACCACCAUGAGUCAGUCACAGAAAUGGCAGAAGGACACUCUGGGAGAGGUACAGAAGAUACAGAAAUCCUUACUCAGCAUUCAGUAAGAGAUCCCUCCAUCUUGAAACUGGAAAACACUGUUACUGCAGAAAGCAAUAAUUCAGGAGUGGAGAGUUUAGAAGAUGAUCAGAUGUCUGAAGAGAUGCUGGCUUUGGUGGAUGAGUUUGAAAACUCAUGGCCUCAAGAAGCUUUUGAAGGAGCGCUGGAAGUAAAAGGUCGUCGAAUGGACUUACAGGGAAUCCGUGUCCUAAAGAAGGGAGCUCAGGAUGGCCUGGCAAGCUCCUGUUUUGGGGACUGUGGUGAUGAUGAUGAAGCUGAAUGGAUCACUUUUCAGGUCAAACGUUUAAAGAAACCAAAAGCUGAUAGCUUGGAUCUUCAGGAGACAAAUGGGAGAAAUGGAGAAGAAGGGACUAACGGAGAAAACGAAAACUUCUACCAAACUGCCUUGGAGAUCAGUGGACCAAAGAUACCUUCUCCUGGACCAAUAGGAAAGAAGCAUGACUAUCGUAGCCUUGGGUGGCCGAGUCCUGAUGAAUGUCUGAAACUCCGUAGGGUAGAGCUCACAACUGUGGCCAGCACAUGGCUUGCUGUUUCUGCUAAAAAUAUUGACAUUACAGAACACAUUGAUUUUGCAACACAGCUGCAAGAACCAGCCAUGGAGCCCCUUUGUAACCCCAAUCUGCCAGCUAGUAUGCAUACUUUGGACCACUUGCAAGGUGUCUCUAGUCGAGCAAGCCUGCAUUACACUGGAGAGAGUCAACUUAAAGAGGUGCUACAGAAUCUUGGCAAAGACCAGUACUCACCACAGUCAUUAGAACAAGUUGGUACUCGAAUAGCCAAAGCUCUGGAAAAGAAUCAGACUUCAUGGGUCCUCUCUAGCAUGGCAGCUCUCUACUGGAGGGUGAAGGGCCAAGGAAAGAAGGCGAUUGAUUGUUUACGGCAAGCAUUACACUAUGCACCCCAUCACAUGAAGGAUGUACCACUAAUAAGCCUGGCAAACAUCUUCCACAACGCCAGACUUUGGAAUGAUGCUAUCAUUGUGGCUACCAUGGCAGUGGAAAUAGCACCGCACUUCGUGGUUAAUCAUUUCACACUGGCGAAUGUCUACGUAGCAAUGGAAGAGUUUGAAAAGGCGAUGAAAUGGUAUGAGUCAACAUUAAAACUUCAGCCGGAGUUUGCCCCAGCAAAGAAUCGAAUCCACACCAUUCAGUGUCAUUUACUUAUGAAAAAAGAGCGACGGUCUCCAUAGAGAUUGGUGUUUUUUCUCUUUUUUCCUUCUUUUUUUAAAAAGCCAUUCUUCACUACUCUGCUUUUAAGUGUGCUAAGAUAAAUUGAUGAAUCAAAAUUUUUAACAAGACUUCUGAAAAGAGAUGGGAUUUGGAUCAAGGGUUCUUUUAUCUUUUCUCAGAUAUAGAGGCAUCUUUGGAAAAUGUUUCACAGACAAUAAUUUUAAAACAUCCAUGUAAAUAUUAAACCAAGGAAGUUCCGUGAGUCCAUAACCACUUGUACCAGGACCCAGGCACCGUUAGUUUCUCCUUAAUGCUCAGAUUGGCAGUGUCCAAAAUGACUUGCUUCAUGUCUUAUAAUCUAGGUCAAUAGAAAUGCAAAGCACACACCCAUACCAAAUAGUAAGAAGAGAUAAUCAGCAGUUCAUCCAUGUGAAACUCCUGCUUUGUCCAGUCCUGUUUACUCCAUGCAAACAACAUUGCCUGCUUUUUGGGAAGGAGAGGCACAGAAUUUCAAACAUUUAUUUAGAAAACAAAAUAAAAAGGAGUUAGGAACAUCUAGCAUUUUUUGAAUAAUUUCUUUUUGUUGGACAUGAGAGAAUGAAGGGUGGGGAACAGCAGGACUCUGAAGUCAAAGUGUUUUUUUAAUCUUAUUUGCAGGGAAAAAAAGAAAAAAA